AUGGAACUCACUUCGGAGAAAGAGGUUGGCGUACAGUGCUCAGAGUGCGACACAGUCUGCAUCAACCAGAAGUCCCUCAAAAUCCACAUGGCCAAACAUAAGCCCAAAAUUUACCAUAAAUGCAGUAUCUGUGAGAAGACGUUUACGAAAAAGUAUUGUCGGGACAAGCAUAUGCUGUCCCACACCUAUGCGCCGUACAAGUGCUUCCAGUGCGGCAGGGUUUUUUUAAGUGAAAAGGGCCUCAUUCACCACUUGAAGAAGCACGCUGAGGCUCCUCCAGAGGAGUCUAAUGUGCAGUGUUCAGAGUGUGGCAAUUUCUACCUCAACCAGAAGCGCUUGAAGAUCCACAUGGCCAAACACAAGCCCAGAAUUCCAUACAAGUGCGGUAUCUGUGACAAGGUGUUUGCAAUGAAGUGGUAUCGGGACAGGCACGUGCGGACCCACGGCGACUUGCCUUAUAAGUGCUCCUACUGCGACAACGGCUUCUUGAUGGAAAAUGAUUUUAAGCACCACGUACAGAAGCAUACUGGGGAGAGGACCCACGUUUGCCUCGAGUGCGGCAAGGGCUUCCUUAGGAAGUACAGCCUCGGCGUCCACAUGACCACCCACACGGGCGAGGAGCCCUACUCCUGCUCGCGAUGCGGCAAGUCCUUCGGCAAGCGAUUUAAGUGCGCCAAGCACAUUCGCCGAGAAUGCGGAUCUGCAGUGGGAGCCGGGGAGCGGCCCCCGCUUAUCAUACGUGCUCCGCCUCCCCGGCCGGCGCCGAACACGGUGCAGCUUGCUCCUCCUCCUACGACUGUCAUCAUCAUCGCCUCCGACCAGAUUGUGAGUCUAGGCAACACCAUCAUUCUGCCUUGCCAGACAGGCGGCGGACUCUCGAGCACGGUCGGAGUGGAGCCUCCUGUGGCCACGACGGGUAAGCCUCAGGAUUUAGGCGAGAAUGGAAUAGACCUGGACACGUUCCUGAAGAAGGAGAUCACAGGUUUCCAGCAGUAA